UUCACAAUGAUGUGUCCCCCAUCUUGAGAACACUCUGUACAACAAGGCAAUUGUGGGCAUUCCUUUUUAUAAUGCAAUAAUAAAAUAAUAAGAGGCUACAUUUUAGGCUUCACUUUGUACUUUCUCUAGAUAACCAACUGCUGUGUUCCUGUAUUGAUAGAGAUGACUUAGAGGUAGAAAUUAAGGGCCAUUAAAAAUCAUCCCACCUGUGAGUAAGCUAUAGCGUGAAAUGUCAAGAUAUUAACUGUCAAUCAUCAGAACAGGAUUGUCCUGUUUUACUCCCUCUGGCAAAACUGGCCAAUCAGAAUUCUCUUCAACCAAAUUCCCUCCUUCUGACUCACCUCAACCUUGUUGAUCAAGGAAAUAGGGACCUGAGGAGGACAGACUGGCACACUGAUUUUUCGUAAACUAUGAACAGGCACAAGGGUACUGGAUACUUUUAUAUACUAACAAACUAAAUACAUGUCUCGAAUGCAUGUAGACGGACAUGACAGCCUUGGAUUUACAAUUACUUGCUAAAACUGACAGGAUUUUCAAGCUAAUUUGAAAGUGAAAGCAAGUUGUGUAAACAGCUAUUUGUUUAGAAAAGUGUCUACUAUGGCAUCUAAAUCCUUUUCCGAAGAGGACUUCACCUGUCCAGUGUGCUGUGACACCUUCAAGGACCCUGUACUACUGUCAUGUAGUCACAGCUUCUGUAAAGUCUGUCUACAGCAGUUCUGGGAAGCCAAAGGCUCCAGAGAAUGUCCAGUCUGCAGGAGGAGAUCAUCAAAGAGUCAUCCUCCUCUUAACCUUCACUUAAGGAACCUGUGUGAGAGCUACUUACAGGAGAGAAAUCAGAGGGCUUCAGCAGGGUCUGAGGUGCUCUGCAGUUUGCACAGUGAGAAGCUCAAGCUCUUCUGUCUGAAUGAUAAACAGCCUGUGUGUAUGGUGUGUCGAGACUCCAAAAAACACACCAACCACAAGUUUCAACCUGUUGAGGAGGCAGCACUUGACCGUAAGGAGGAGCUCAAGAUCAAACUGCAGCCCUUACAGAAGAAACUGAAGACCUUUGAGAAGACUAAAGUCACCUGUGAUCAAACAACAAUACACAUCAAGACUCAGGCCCAGCACACAGAGAGGCAAAUCAAGCAGGAGUUUGAGAAGCUUCACCAGUUUCUACGAGAUGAUGAGGCAGCCAGGAUAGCUGCACUGAGGGAGGAAGAGGAACAGAAGAGUCAGAUGAUGAAGGAGAAGAUUGAGAAGAUGAGCAGAGAGAUCUCAUCUCUUUCAGGCACAAUCAGAGCCAUAGAAGAGCAGAUGAAAGAUGAUGACAUCACAUUCCUGCAGAACUACAAGAGCACACUCUGUGGUUCUGAACCCAAACCCACAGCAGCACUGACUCCUGAAUGUUAUUCCAGAGCCCAGUGCACACUGCAGGAUCCAGAGAGGGUUUCAGGAGCUCUGAUCAAUGUGGCAAAGCACCUGGGCAACCUGAAGUUCAGAGUCUGGGAGAAGAUGCAGGAGACUGUUCAAUACACUCCUGUGACUUUGGAUCCCAACACUGCAAAACCCAAUCUCAUCCUGUCUGAGGAUCUGACCAGUGUGAGACGUGGUGAUGAGGAGCAGCAGCUUCCUGAUAACCCAGAGAGGUUUGAUCACUAUACCAGUGUCCUGGGCUCUGAGGGCUUUAACUCAGGGACUCACUGCUGGGAUGUGGAGGUUGGAGAGAGCACAGGGUGGCAUGUGGGUGUGAUGACCGAGUCGGCCCAGAGGAAAGGAGACAAUGAGUACAUGAGUGGAUGGUGGAUUGUGCAGUAUAAUGAUGGUAAAUAUGGAGCAGGUGCUCCCCCAUGGCUCACUCCCCUCACAGUGCAGCAGAAACUCCAGAGGAUCAGAGUGCAGCUGGACUGGGACAGAGGAAAGCUGUCAUUCUCUGAUUCUGAUAAUAACACACACCUACACACUCUCACACACGCUUUCACUGAGAGAGUGUUUCCAUUCUUUAAUGGAUAUCCUCUGAGGAUCUCACCAGUGAAGGUCUCAGUUAGAGUAGUUAGAGCUGAUGGUGUCUCUCUGGGCGUUUUCAGGCCGACAGAGAACCGUGCCGGUGCCGGUUCCCGCACGUAAUCUCGAACCGCCCGACGUGUUCACGCCAAAAAUCAGAGCGUUCGGGAACCGAAAAGUUGGUUCCCGAUGCGGACCAAGGAAAACUUGGUUUAUCUAAGCGAACUGUGACGACAAGGUACACGUCAGCAGGUUCAUACGGGCCAUACGCGGCAACAUAAACAAAGGAAACGUGUGUGCUUGCUGUGACAGCUCCCUUGCUGUGACAUCCGCUUUCGUAUGGCCGUCUUGUGGCAAUUCAACACCCCCUGUCGAUGACGCAUCACAGGUUCACUUGAAUAGUGUGAACGCGGGCCGUUCACCUGUAAGCACUUUGGUUCACAGUGUAAUUGGUGCGGGAACCAGCACUGGCACCAUUCUGGCCGACCUGAAAACACCCUGUGUGGACCAGAACGGAUCAGCAUGAGGAGAUGAAUCAGUUACAGGAGAAAUCUCCAGCACUCUCCACACCAGACACUCUGACUUUUUUAAAUUGUUAGGUUUACUGUGCAUGUGAUAAUGUGCUGUCCGUUCUAUGGAUGUCACUGUAUCAUGCAUCCCCUCUAUUGAAAUCCGGUUGCUUCUUCUUAUUAUUAUUUUUUAUUCUUUUUACCUUUUUGUGCACGCUUUAACUAAUGAUAUGAUAUGCUGUUAUCAAGAGACUCUCUUGAAAUGGC